GACCCCAACUAUUUGCCUCUUUAUACCCAGUAUUUGGCCCAUUCACUACGCGCCUGUUCUUCUAGAGAUCGAGCCCCUGCUUUUGAGACAGCACCGUGGUUUGUUAACGCAGCUGUCUUGGUUCACAUUCACAAAAGCAAACAGAGCGAUUACACCCAAAUCAACGGGUGGCACAAUCGUGUAUGCUUUUCACUUUAUUUCUACAUCCAGAAAUCAACCAAGCUCAACUCAACUCGAAAUCUCUUCUUUACCUUUUGUCCACAUACCAUCAAUAUGACUACGCGAAGGCGGCAAGGGAGUCUCGGUGACUCAUGGGAAGAGGCUUACACACCUUCCUCCAACGAAAGUUCAAUACAUACCGCAUCAUCUGAAAGCGAGGAGGAGCUAUCAGCCCCUUUGCCGCCUCGGAUAACGGCUUCGGCUCCUACGCAAGGUUCAACCACUGGUCGAGCGAGAACUGCGAGGCAAUCAUCGAUCCGACGGGGCAGUGGAAAUGCUCUAAUCCGUUCAACGGUCUCGCCGAGUCAACGAUCUUCACAACAGUCAGACUUUAAGAUGCCUUCGAUCGACGGUGAACUUAACCACUUCUAUCGACCCUCCCCACGCGCAAAGAAGCAGGUUAUCCAUAGAAGGGGCAGCCCAGACGGCAAUCAACCAAAACGCCCUCGCCGCUCACAGCGUAAAGCCCGUGGACCUCUCGACAAUGAAAAUAGCUACACGCAACUCUUCUGGGAGCAUGUACUUUUGCCUACUCUGAAGUACACAGCUGCUGUGGUAGGGGAUGCGCUACAAGUGAUCAGGCCACUCUUAGGCUUGUUGCUAUGCGUCCUGAUCGCGCUCUCUGCCAUGCAAUACUCCAAAACCGCGCUCUAUAACAGAAUUCUGGGGCCUGUCUGCCAUUUGCCUGGGUCGACAUACAUUGUGCCGUUCUGUCGUAGUUUGAGCCCUGGAUCCAAAGUCCAAGUCCCCGAUUCCCCCUCUUCGAAUUUUGAAGAGCUUGGCGUGAUUCAGUCGAUGUUCGCUGAAGUGAUGGAGGCCAAUAAAGACGCCUAUUGGGGACCACCUCUUCUGAGAAAAUCGAACACGGACUUAAUAGCCUUCAAAGGGAUUAUCAUGAGUUCUGCCCUUCCCUCUCGUAACGAAAUCGGCAAUGAAGUGGAAAAUUACAUACAAGCUACCGAUGCUACAGUUUCCAGACUGAUUGAGUAUAACUCUGCAGUCGGAGCUACGGUAGACCAUGUAAUACACUCUAACAGACAUGCCAUUCAGCAACUAAACUCCAUCGAUGACGAAACCAGAGCAGCCGCCGCCCAAAACCUACUGUCGCGCACACUCACGCAAAUCAGUCCUUGGGGUCGUAAACCCGCCGCAAUUGAAGCGAGACUCUUCGAGCAAUACACGUACCAAAUCAGCUUUGUUAGUUCCGAAAUCGAAACGCUGAUUGAGAAAGCAUACAACAUCGAAACUUAUUUACAAGAUAUGGACAAGCUUAUCGGAGUCAUCCAACAAAUCGCUCACCAGGACAAGACUACAGUUACCAACAAGCGCGAGCAAGUCGAGACAUCCCUAUGGUUUGGCAUUGCCUUUGAUAGACGCACUAGGUCCAAGCUUCAGGAUUUCGACAAAAUCCUCGGCGUUAUUGAAACGAUGUUUGAGCACCGUGAUAGCGCUCUUGAAGCCGUCCACUCUACAAUUGAGAAGCUUAGAGAGCUUCGGGCUCAUUUGGGUCACCUCAAGGAAGAUGUAGACGCGCCGCGCUUGGAAGGUUACCAGGAUGGGAAGAAGCCGCUCAGGUACCACAUCGAAGCCAUAGAUGGGGCUACGAAUCGUUUGAAGCAUGCGAGAGACGGUAACAAGCAGGUUGCGGAUACUGCGAGAGAAUACACUGCCAAAGAAUACAAUGAACGACAGAAAACGAUCCAGGGAUUCAAAAAGAGAUUUUGA